GCCGCGAGUAAGCGCGCCCCCGCUACUUAAAAUACCUUUUAGUUUGUUGUUGUUUUUUCUACAUUUUAUUUCGCGGCUGAGUGUGCCAGUGCGCGAAUAUUUGUAUCAAUGUGAUGUAAGGCUGUGAUUAGAUUUUUCCCUGAAGCGACACCGCAUGGAACAAAUAAUGCCGAGAACCAACAAUACACCCAAGACCCGCAGAAUGACCCCGGGCCGUAGGAAAAAACCAAAACAACAAUAGAUAAGGAUAAAGCGAAAAGCGAUGGGCGAUAAAAUUCCUUUGAAGCGCCGCGCACGAGCCGAGGUAUUUUAACGAGCAUAUCGGAGGUAACGACCGAGGGGCCAACGGCGAGCACAUAGAGCCGAACCGUCACAACCGACGAGCAGUAUACAGUCACUUGUCGAACAACCGGCGACGCUACGGCCACGUGGAGCAGCGAACGAGGAUAUACAGACACACAACUCCCAGGGCAGAGAGCGUAUAGGCACGUAUAUACGCGCUCCGGGCCAAAAAUAGGGUAGGCGGCAGCGGCAGCGGCGGUGAGAGCGGGUGAAAAUAGCCGGCGAAGAAUGCCCACGGCGGCAUCUGGCAAUUGGAGCUGGCUGACCGGAGGAUGGGCCAAUAUGGCCGACUUGGCCGAGCGGGUGGACGAUCUUAUAUGCAGUUUCGACUCGUCCGCCGGCGGGACAAUGGACACCCUGUCGAUGCUCGUCUUUGGCUGGAUGCUCCUCGGGCUGGUCAUCCUCUGCGUCGGCAAGUUCAUCUACAAUCGGGUGCACCUGCAGCGAUCAAAGGCGACGGGUGCGGUUGGGGGUACGCCUAGCGGGGCAAGCAGUGGCACGGGAUCGGCAGCUGGUGGUGGUGGUGCCCCGGCUGGACUGCAUCAUCGAGCCAACGUAGCCGCGGCACCUGUGGCCAAGGCGGACGCGAGCCACACCACAGCGGCUGGAUUGCACGCUAUCGGGGAGAGCGUGGCUCUGGUUGGGGCUGGAUCGUCGGCUACCGGGGUCGCGGCUGCCGUCGCCAGGUCGAGGUCCGUCAACGCCUCCAGGAGCCACGUCGCCACUGGUGGAUUGACGACCUCGACGUCCUUUGGUGGUGGUGGUGGUGGGUCGAGUUACGUGCCGCCAACGCCGCCGUUGCGCAAGCGAGUGACGCGAAAAAAUUCGGGACCGCUGGUCAGUCCGGGGCGGAGCUCGCGCUCCCUGCACCUGCCCGCGGCCACGGGUCCCGACACCGAUGCCGUGCGCUGGACCAAUGACAUGAUACUGUGGCUGCACACGGAUCUCGUCGUACUGGACGAGAUACUCGCGGUAUGGAUCAACUCGCUCAACGACUUUGUCGCCUCCAGCGUCAACGAGCACGGCAUCGGCAUCGAGUUUGUCCGCGUCCUCCCAGAGACGCACCCCCCGGUGCUGUCCAACAUAUUUUGCGAGUGCAACUCAAAGGACGACGUGACGAUAACGUGCGACUGCGAGGCGACGCCGGCGCUGCAGCUAAAGUCCUUCCGCCAACAGGGAGAAAAGAUCGAAGCGAGCCACUACCGAGUCAACGUCAACCGGUUUCGCGCCCGGCUCAACAUCUUUUGCAUAACGGAGAAGCUCCUCGUCGACCUCAAGUGCGACGGAUGGCCGGAAAUAAAGGUAUCGCUGGCCCAGGUCGGCGCCAUAAAGAAGGACCUGGACGAGAGCCAGAUGCAGGACCUGCUCACAGAAAUCGUGAUCGGGGCGAUACGGAGCACGAGCCUGCACCUCAACCUGUCCAACUACGUCAACUGUCCCCGGCUGUGGCGCGAGUCGAUGAACCCGACCGGCGGGUACUCCAUGCCUGGACAAUACGACCCCAUGGGUUCGGGCUCGGCGAUCGACCGGUUGCAGCCGCAACAACGCCACGGCCAGUUGCAAUCCUCGGCCUCGACGAUACAGCAGUACGCGCCGGGGGAGAGGAGAUUGCUCGUCAAGGUCGUGAGGGCGGCCGAUCUUGCGGGUGACAAGGAGUGCAGGGAGCCUUACUGCACCGUAGAGGUGGACGAGCCACCACAGAGGCACCAGACCGCCAUGAAGAAGGAGACCAAGAGCCCCGUCUGGGACGAGGCGUUCCUCUUCGACAUCAGUCACAACACGACGGAGGUGCUGCUCGAGGUUUACGACAGAGUCAACAAGAGCGAUAGGUUCCUGGGCCUGGGGAUCGUGGGGGUCGAGGAGCUCCUGGCGAACCCGAGCCAGCGGCAGAUCAUACCCCUUCAAUCGAGGCCUUACGAGGAGGACGAGGUCACCGGAACCCUCACCGUCGAAUUUUUGUUUAUCGAAGGUGCGGAGGUGCCGCAAAUUGGCAACAAGCCGUAUAAGGUCAAGGAGACGAUAAAGCCGCCGAGCUCGCCGAUGCGCGGCUACAAUCCGUCGACGAGCGGGCUGGUGCAACAACAGCCGGGCAAUCCCAAUAGCCCGAGUUACGGCAACAACGGUAACAGCACACUUAUUUUGUACGACUCUGCGAACGAGCCGGGAGCCGAUUUCUUAACAAACGGCACAUCGAUGGAUUCACCGUACAGAAGUGGCCAGACAAAUGGUAACAAGGGCACACUGAUCGUUCACAGUCAACAGAGGCCGGCCGAGCGUCAAAUCGUUAGGGUAACCAUGAACGCGAAUGGAGGAUGGCAAGAAAUGUCUUCCGAGCUCGAGGACAAAGAUUUAAGGUCAACGCUUGGGCAUGACAGUACAGCCAAUUCUUCAAACUCGGAUGUGGAUAGGGGAAGGACCAGAAAAAAACGCAGAGACUUUUUUGGGACAAUCAAAAAAAGACUGGGGCGCUCGAAAACGCGGAGCAGCUCGGUCGGACCAGACGGUGACCCAAAUCACGAAGACGCACAUUCGAGGUCAAUUUCAGCUGAUAGGGCUAGAGACGGCCGAGAUGAGCACUCGAGGAGAUCGAGUAUUAGUGAAGUUUCAGUCGUCAGUGGGUUAUCAUCAAAAACAUACGUCAAUGAAGCGUCGACAUUGGUCCUGGAAACUUUGGAAAACGGCAUCAGAAAACAUUAUCUUGUUCCGUUGUCUUUGGCGCAAAAGAGUAAAUGGAAGAAAAAGGGUACAAAACUUCACAUUUACAACGACCACACAUUCAUUGCGAAGCACAUUUCGGGAGGUACCACGUGCGACGUGUGCAAAAGAACACUGGCGCGAAGAUUGGGCAAACAAGGCUAUGAAUGUCGAGACUGUCUAAUGAAGUGCCAUAAACACUGUCACGUAAAGGUUGAGUCAAUGUGCCCGACCACCACCAUACAGAGCAUAGAAUUGUCCCUACUUCCUGUUCUGAACGAGUAGGAUAGGACAUUCGUGAAAACUCCAACUCCCGAACUAAAGAGGAAGCCUCCUGUGCGGAUCUGCUAGUGCGGAACCAAUCAACGCAUAGACGCAGUUAAUAACUUCGUCGAAUUCCAUAUGUGUUUUUCAAUCACCGCAUACGUACGUGUAUAUGAUGUAACAAUGUGUGUCAUAUUAUUUCAAGUUUUGAAGUUCGACCAGACGAAAAGUUUGAAAGCGACCGAGUACCUGCUGUUAACGCUGCGAAAUUUUGGUCGAAGACGGUUGUUGUUAUCUAUACAUAUAUCUUUACGAUUAACAUUGUUUAUUUAUUAACUAUAGAUGCAAUUCAUGAAAUCAUUACAUUAUAAUUUGUAAUUAUUCGUUCAGAGAGCAAGGCUUUUCUAGUCCUUACUACGAUAUACGCGAUACGCGUGUUUGAUGAUUUAUCAAGUGACCACAUGCGUGUAGUGUUAUCGCAAUAUUUUUAUCUGUCAAUCUUCCAACUCUGGUUCUCCAAAAAAGCAAUCAUAAAAAUUUUCCAGCAUUUUAUCUUACGCAUCAUUUGUUUUAUUUAAAAAUACUACUAAAUGUUUUAUUUUCUUUUAGAAUUAUUGAAAAAAUUUGUUGUAAGUGUUAUAUGGACUGAACGACCACUUUUAGACAAAUGUGCAAUUAAUUGUUUAUGUAUAAGAAAAAAAAAAUUUAUAUAUAUGAAAAUAACCAAAGCAAACGCACUAUGCGACGCACAAAGAUAUCUUCUUAAUUUUUUAUAUUUAUAACGAAUCACGUGUCACAGCUUUUAUUUUAAUAACACAUCAUCAUUGCAAUACUCCCGGGACGAUAUUGAUAAAAAACUUUUUCACGCGAAUAUAUUAUGUACAUAUAUAUUCGAUAAAACGAUAUGUCGCAUACAAAUCUGUAGUUUUUGUACUAAAGAAAAACUGUGUUUUUUGCAUAAAUAAAAAAUUAAUGAGUAUA